UCCACCAUCAUCUGGCCUCUUUAUCACUACAACAAUAUUAGUACUUCCCUUGUUUAUUCUUAUCCCUGCUGUUCGUCAUUUAUUUGUAUAAAGUAGAAUCUAUAUAUAUUACGGAGAGUGAGUACGUACUAUUCUUUAUUCUUUUUGUAUUGUCGGUAUGUAUGUGUGGACCGAUAAUAAACAAACAAACGCAGUUAUGUUACAUACCCUAUUGCUCAGUAUUAUUCAUGAUGAAUGGUCAGUUUCCUCUCUCACGACCAUGAUUGUCUCUGAUUCCGAUUUAGCUUCCGCAUCGUCCAAUUCUCAUCAUGCCGAUCAAUCGGCCUUUGGCCAUGACCUAAGCCAGACUCAAUCAUCCCAUUCGUCACCGCCGGCCAUGCCCGGCCAAAAGUUACGCCGAUUGAGGAAGCAAUUUCCUUCCUCGACCCCAGCACGGGGGGGCUCGAGGGUUAAGCUGAACGAGAGCAUCAUGGCACUGUGCCAUUGCCAAGUUACUGAACAGGGGUUCGCCGAUGCCACUGACAUGGUUGGACCCUCUAUUGAUGUUCUAAGGCCUACUAGCACCCAGACCGCCCUAGACGCUCCGUCGGGGUUCUUUACAGUCCAUUUGGCGUCCCUGAAGAAGGGGUUGCAAUUUCCUCUCCACCCGCUGUUGAUUGAAUUCCUCAACGAGGUGAACCUCCUCCAGUGUCAGUUGGUUCCCAAUUCCCACUGGUACAUUGCCGGUUAUCUGAUCAGAUGCAAGGAUAUAGGGGUGAAACUUACUCUCGACCACUUCCUGUUCACUUUCAAGCUGACCAAGGGUCACAAGGAUUGGGCGUCCUAUGCCAGUCUUUCCCAAAGGUCCAGCAAAUUUUUUAUAAGCGACAAGAAGGGGUCGACCAAGGACUGGAAGCCCUUCUUUGUCUUUCUCUCGACGGGGCCUGAAUCUCCUUUCACGGGUUCAGGGCUCCCCUCUUUCCGUCGCAUCCCAUGUCCCCCAUCUGACGCCACCCUCUUGUCCAUGACCCACCAACUCUGCGGCUGAGGGGACGUCAGAAUUAAGGAGGUGGUGACCGAGGAGUCUUUUGAGUUCGUCCAAGACGAACUUCGUCACCAACCUGAGCUGUUGAGGGAUGUUCCCGGCGGCAGUCAGCCCGACCUGCCCAGGGGCGCUCCUGAGGGAGGCCUAGACUGUGGUCCUU